AUGGAUUCUGGUCCCAAACUAUGGCACACGCAGGUGGUCCCUCUGGAAGCUGACCUGGACAAAAGCAGUCCCCAGCCGGAGUGUUCCAUUUGCUUCAACACCUAUGACAAUGUCUUCAAAACGCCGAAACAGCUGGCAUGCACUCACACCUUCUGUUUGGAGUGCCUGUCCCGGCUCAUGGCCAUCUCUGUGGACCCACAAGAUGGCAAAAUCACCUGCCCCUUUUGUCGCCACCCCACCCCUAUUCCCAGAAAUGGGCCCCCGGCCCUGGCCACCAGCCGGGAGGUGCUGUGCCGACUUCCAGUCCAUCAACAGCAGGAACAGCAAGUGUGGCUGGAGGGGGAAAAACUAUGCUACCAACGGCCACUGGACUCUGCAUCUCCUGCCUUUUGUAUCUGCGUUGACAUUGGGGCUAGCCAGGAGAACAGCACACCACAGCAGUCACAGCCUCAUGGCACAGGCCUGUUGGAUAGGUUUACUGACUGGAAACGGCUGGUGCUCUUUAUCAUCCUAAUGCUGCUGCUGGUAGUGAUCGUGUUGUGGCCGCUGCAGUGUAUCGUCAACACAGGCUCUCUGCGCUGUGUACCAAGGCCUGUGUCACCAACAACCACCUCCUCCCCAUUCACACCCUCACCAGCCUUUUGA